CCCAGGUUUCCUCUUUCCAAACCUGAUCUUCUUCUCAAAUGGUUAACAGCAAUGAGGAAGGACAAAUGGGUUCCUACCAAAAGUGAUGUCCUGUGUAGUUUCCAUUUUACUGAAGACCAGUUUGUUGAAAACAGUGGAUAUCGUUUCUUGAUUUCUACUGCUGUUCCUACAAAAUUUGAAAUUCUGGCUCCACCAAAGACAUUAUUUCCUGCUGAAUGGCCAGCACGCCUAUUAACUAUAAGAGAUAUUGAGUCUGAUAAUCGGAAGGGUUAUGUAGUUGAAGCAAGGAUUCCACUCGUAAGCAAAGAAGAGUUUACAGAAUGGUUGAGUGCUCAUGAAAAGCUGGCUCAAGUCACAUACGUUUUAUUGCGGAAUUAUCCUACCACUAGUAAGAACUUAGCAUAUAAGGCUGAAUAUGUUUGUGUACAAGGGUCUGUUCCUGAUCAGCCUUCCAGAAGUGAAAAGCCAUGUCCAGCAAGAUUACUGGUUCGAAUAAGAGCAGAUCCUAAAUUCAGAUUUAGCAAACCAGAUGCUCAAUCAGGAACUAUAAGAUACCCAUGCAAUGUAGUGCUUUAUCAUCACCACAAUCACAGUAUUGGUUCUAAUACUAUGGAGACAAAAACAGUUCCAUCCGAGGAAGUAUCAACUGUUGUUAAGCAAAAGUUCAUUGAAAUGUUUAAAGGUGGUUACGAUAUUGAUAUGGCCCUCAGCAUUCACCAGAAAGAUUUGUUUGAAGAAUAUACUGAUGAGUACGAAGAAGUUUUAAGUGAUGCAUAUGUUUGUCCCAGUCUAGAAUGGUUGACAAAAUUUCAUUUAAAUUUUUCUGACGAAUUUGAUUGGAAUGAUACUAAAAUAGUAAAUAUCUUAAAAGAAGAAAUUGAAGAUAUAAAUGCAUCUAAAGGAAGUGCUACCAUGACUACUAUUGAUGAUAAUAUAAUUGUAGUGCUAGCUACCCCAUUAAUGCAAAGAGCGCAUUCUAUGAAAGCAUCGGGAGAAGUUGUAUUCGUAGAUAAUUCUGGGUAUUUAGAUAGGUGUCGAUGUUAUGUGUAUGUCAUAAUGGCAUACAGCUGUACAGAAGGUUUACCUCUUGGAUUACUCAUAACUACAUCAGAUACUGAGGAAAUUCUAACUGCUGGUUUUAAAUUGCUUGCUGACACAUUGCCUGAUAAAGCAUUUGGUUCAUUUGGAAGACAAGGCCCUGAAGUAUUUCUGACUGCAAAUGACAAUGCUUUGCAAAAUAGUUUAAAAGCUGUGUAUCCUGAAACUGCUGUUUUAUUGUGUGCUUAUAACAUGUCCCAUGAAUUGUGGCGCUGGCUGUGGAAUCCUGAAAACGGAAUUGAGGAAGCUGAUCGUUGCACAUUAUUCUCACUGGCUUAUAAAAUUAUGCAAACAAAAACAGUUGAUGAAUUUACAGAAUUAAGUAAUGCCAUUUCAACAAAUGAAACAGUGCAGAAGUAUGAAAAUUUUCAAAACCAUUUUGAAGAAAUAAAAAGCAUAUCAGAUAGGUGGGCUGUGUGUUUCAAAAAUGAAAUUCUUGACAAAGAUAAAGAAAUCAGUGGCAUUGAAAUGGCCAGUCACAUCUUGAGAGAUAAAGUUUUCCUUACUAAAGCAUACAAUAUCCUUCAGUUAUUGAAAUAUUACACGGAUACAAUGGAAACAUAUUAUCGUCAAAAAAUUAUUCAUUGCAUUAAUAAUACUUUAGAUAUAUUCAUACUAUCUUCUUAUCCACCAGAAAUGCGGGAAACUUCCGAUUUAGUGCUUAAAACAAUGCCUACAGGACAGUAUGAAGUUAAGAAUGUAAAAAGUGGUAAAUCAUAUUGUGUAGAUAUGAAUAUUUGUGUGUGCUCUUGUGCACUGGGUAUUAAUGGGGCUCGUUGUAAGCAUUUGUAUACAGUAUGUGUUGCUAAAAAAAUCGACUUUACUAGUUCUGUGCCCAAUGAUGACGUUAUUAAAAAAGAACUCUUCUGGAUUGCUACUGGAACAAUGAAAACAGGAGCAUUUGACAUUCAGAUGGAUGUGGAUGAAGAAAGCGAGUCAGAAUUAGCUGCUUCACCAUCUAAAAAUUCUGCCGGAAAAGCUGACCAGGGCCAAAAAGAAGAAUCUAGAAAAAUUUUGGAAAGGGUAGUAAGAAACAUUAUGCAAAAGUACGACUCAAAUCCAAAUGAGUUUCACAAGGCUAUAGUUACUGCAGCUGUCAACUAUCAGAAUCUCAACAAUAACCGAGAGAUAAUUACAGCUCUUAAAAAUUUUGCCAAGCAAAAUAUGUAUAAAUAAGAAUUUCAUUUUCAUGUAAAUAUUUCUACCAUUCACAUUUGAUAAAUAUGUGAUUUAUUUUUAGUUAUUGUUGCAUGCAAAUAAAGUUUGUAAAAUUUCAGAACUACAUGAGAAUUUGAUUUCUUAAUAAUUUUAAAAGCUGAAUGUUUUAUUGGAGUAUUUCAGACCUUCAAAAAUACAUUUAAGUAGGAUAAAAACUAUUACAGAUUCUUUAUUUCUAAGAUUGCAAAUAUUUUUAUCAAAUUAAGGAUUUUGUUAUCUAAAAUGCAAGGAAAUUUUUAUUAUUAUUAAUAAUGUGCACUAUUUUCUACAGGUUUCUUAAUACUAAAGUAUGUCAUUUCUAUUAUCGUGCACAAUAAACUUAAGUUUAUUUAUCAUCAGGAAAAUGUAAAUAAUAUUUGCAAAUGUUAACUCAUGUUUUAUGCUCUUCAAAAGCCUGGCAAGGGUUUUUUUUUUUUUUUUUUUUUUUUUUUUUUUUUUUUUUUUUUUGUGCAUGUGUGUAAUGAAUGUUUGAUGUGUAAAAUAAAAGUAUAUAAGCUACUAGAUGGGUGUAUUAGUGUAUCUACAUUCAUUCUCAGAAAAUCAUUAAAUCGCUUUUUUAAAAAUUUAAUAAGACUAUGAUCAAUUAUAACCAUCACUAUGCAUCUGAUAUACAAGAGGGGAACAUUGCUCUACUGUGAACUGUUUUAUUACAAGUGCCAAAAUCAUUGAAAUUAUUUCUCAACAUUUCACAGAUAUUUUUUUAAGUCUUAUUAUAGCUCAGUAUUUGCAUUAUGUGUAUAAUUCAGAGAUUUGACAAAAUUUUGAAUAAAUAAAAUUAAAUGUAAUAAUUCAAUAAAUUAGAAAACGUUUUAUAGCUAUAAAUUUUAAAAACUGCAGUAAACAAAUUGGUUUAUAAUUAAGUUAAUUUAGAUCAAUAAUGAUUUCAUGAUGGUCAGUAAAUUGCUAGGUACAGAGUUCUUUCCAGUCCAGAUAAUUAAACUGUACAAAUAAGCUGAAGUAAAAUUUAGCUAUGUUUAUUAUUAUAUUAGAAUAUAAAUUAAUAGAAAAAUUCUUUUCCUGUCCAACAAAUUUUUGACUUUUCAUAAAACUGUUGAGAUUUUUUCCAUGUUUUUCUGUUAGAAAAAGAUGAGUCAAAUGUCUUUUACUUGUCAUUUGAUUUUCAGAGCGAAUGUUCAUGCUCUUCAAAACAAGAAAUGAUUUCUGAAAAUAAACUGUCUCAGAAGUCAAAUUAUAUUGAAAUAUUUAGGCUUCUUAAUAACAAUGACUUUUAUGAAGUCCUUCAAGAAAAAUGCAGACAAUUUUAAAGUUAACUGUGAUGUGAGUUACUUUUCUCUGGUAUCGCACAUUCAAACAUUCCCUUAAAAAUUUAUUCUUUUUUAUAAAAUUAAGUCGUAUUAUAUUGCCUGCAUAAUUAUUUAGAACUGUGCUAAUACAGUCUGCCUAUCAUAAGAAAAGCUCUCGUGAGUUUGUCUGCAGCUGUCUUUUGCCGUAGAAACGAGUCUUGACCCAUUUUCCAUAGGGGUGUCUUGAAGAUGAUUGAUAAGCUCUUUUUCCUGCAGCAAACAGUUGCCAAAAACAAAAUAAUAAAGCAUUCUUUGGUUUGGCCCUACUUUUAUGUACUCGACCAGUUGCUAUAGCAACCGCCACCCUUUGUGAUGGGAGCUGUUCUUUUCAUAGACAGACAGUAUUAGCAUUUAUGUUUAACCUUGAACCAUAUCCUCCAAGACUUCAUAACUAAAAUUUUUACAUUUAAGUGAUUUUUUUAAACUUAUUUACAAAGUAAUAAUUAAAACUAAGGUAAUUAACAUAAGAAAGAUUUUUGUACUAUAUUAAACAGCUUUGUUUUGAAAUUGUAUUGCAUCAAAUUUAUUUAGAUUUGAAAUUUUUAAGUCAAAUGUCAAUUUAUGAUAUAUAUAUAGUUACUUUCAUAUAAAUAAAUAUUUUUUUUUUAUUGGUGAGGACCUUAAUUUGUGCACAUGCAUUAGUUUUACAAAUUAUGAAAAAUUAUGUCUUCUACAGCAGUAGCCUGAAACUGGCAGGCUUCGUGCAGCCCCCAAAUGCAUUUUAAUACUGUUUUUGUUAUAAAUGUAGUAUUUAUAAUUUUUGAUAUAGAUAGAGCUUAUGUGCAUGACUGAUGCUGAGAAAAAAAGAGGGCCCCUAUAGUAUAUUACCAUAUGUUUGUAUGCUGGGCCACUUGACUGGGGUACCCCAUAUCAGUAUAAUCAUUAAAUUUAUUUUGCCAGCCAA